AAAAGAAAAAAGGACGGCGGCGACGGCAACCCUGCUCUUUUCAGGAAAGAGGGCUGAGCCAUGGCAGGACUCUGGGCCGAGUGAAGAGGACGGGGGAAUCGCGAGCGGGGAAAGUGUUACAAGGACCGGCGAAGCAGGAGGGUCCGCCUGCCUGAUCCAACGGAGGUGAAUAUCCUGAAAGCAGUAUGAGCCAGAAAGGAUCCACAAGCAGCCACCCUGGCUCUGCAAAUGGCAGCAUGGGUAAAGGAGAUUCUGCUGGCAAAAUGAGUGCAAAAGAUUUAUAUGAACAAAGGAAGAAAUACUCCAACUCAAACAUCAUCAUGCACGAAACAUCUCAAUACCAUGUCCAGCACCUGGCUACCUUCAUCAUGGAUAAAAGCGAGGCCAUUGUAACAGUGGAAGAUGCCGUCAGGAAGCUCAAACAGCUGAACUCCAAAGAGAAGAUCUGGGCCCAGGAAAUGCUGCUGCAGGUGAAUGACAAAUCUAUUCGGCUGUUGGAUUGUGUAACUCAGGAAGAGCUCGAAGACUUCCUUCUGCCAACAGUCCAGCACUGCCAGACUGUCCUGAAUCAGAUGCGAUAUCCCUCCAUCCUCCUGCUGGUGUGUCAAGACUCUGAACAGCACAAGCCUGACAUUCACUUCUUUAAUUGUGAUGAAGUGGAGGCAGAGAUGGUUCACGAGGACAUAGAAAGUGCACUUGCUGACCAUAAGUUUGGAAAGAAGAUACGGCCACAGACCCUCAAAGUGAACCAAGAGAAGAUCAAGCAGAGGCAAUCCAUCCUUCCCCCACCUCAAGGGCCUGCACCCAUCCCUUUCCAGGAUGAAAGCAGAGGCUCCCAAAAGAACAACCAGAAUCGUGUGGUCCCUCCUUCCCAGCCAGGUAACAGGAAUAGUCACUCUGCUUCAUCAUCGAGAGUUCUAAUACUGGAGUCUCGUGCAGUUUUAGCACAGAAGAUUGAAAAAGAAACGCAAAUACUGAAUUGCACCCUCGAUGAUAUUGAGUUUUUCGUUGCGAAGCUUCAGAAAGCAGCAGAAGCAUUCAGGCAACUGAACCAAAGGAAGAAGGGAAAGAAGAACAAGAAGAAAGGGCCAGCAGAGGGAGUUCUGACUCUGCGCUCCAAACCUCCACAUGAAACUGAGUUUCUUGACUGCUUUCAGAAAAUCAAGCUGGCACUAAAUCUCCUGGCCAAACUGAAAAACCAUAUUCAGAAUCCAAGUGCUUCAGAAUUAGUCCAUUUCCUGUUUGGACCACUGGAACUGAUUGUUAACACCUGUGGAGGCCCUGAAUUUGCAAGGUCUGUCAUCAGUCCACUUCUUUCAAAGGAUACCACAGAUUUCCUGAAAGGCCAUCUAACACCAAAGGAAAUGGCAUUGUGGGAAUCCUUAGGAGAGACUUGGACAAGGUCAAGAGCCGAAUGGCCAAGAGAUGCCAACAUCCCAAGAUAUGUUCCAAAGUUUCGCAACGGAUGGGAGCCACCCCUGGAAAUCUUUCAUGGGGCUCCAUGGGAAAUUGAUAUUGGCCAUCUGCAAGAAGAGCUGUCAUCAUCCAAUGGGGGUCCCAAUCGUCAGUUGAAGCCAGUCCAGACUUCAGACCAAAAGCAAGGAGUGGAUGCCUUUGCUCAGCAUGUUACUCAACAUGUACAUAGGAAUUUUGAGGCCCAAGAUAUGGCUCAGUCAAAGAUAUACGCCAAAAUUCUUUAUGAUUUCACUGCUCGAAAUGCAACUGAACUGUCAGUGCUGAAAGAUGAAAUUCUGGAGGUGUUGGAAGAUAACAAACAGUGGUGGAAGCUGAAAAACCGAAGUGGACAGGCUGGUUAUGUUCCAUAUAAUAUCUUAAAUCUGAUGACCCAGGAGGAUUUUGCAGCAAUGAUGCAGGGUAAUCAGAAAUACCGAGACCUGAGUCCAAGAGCAUCUGGAUCUUCCAGCCCUUCCCAUAAGUUACCUCCUAGCUAUGCUGGAGAGAAGUGGGGAAGUGAAAUGGCAGCCCACAAUUCUUCAGAAGCCAAAGAACAAUUAAUCCAUCACAUGGACGAGGUCAAUGAUGAAUUGCUGAAAAAGAUCACAAAUACAAAAAUCCAGCAACCUCAAAGGAAUUUCAGAGUAGAGAAGACCCAGCACGUUCUUGUGCCCUUAACCUUUGAAUCCAAUGCUGAGGAAGUCAGAGUCUGGCUGGAAGCAAAUUCAUUCAGCAAAGGAACCGUGGAGCAUCUUGGCAUACUGACAGGAGCACAGCUUUUCUCCUUGAACAAAGAAGAAUUGAAAAAAGUAUGCGGAGAAGAAGGUGCCCGGGUAUUUAGCAAAAUCACAGUGCGAAAGUCUUAUCUAGAGAAAAAUAGAGAGUCGUCAGAACUUGAGCAAAUCAUGAAGCAACGCCAAGAGAGGAUUGAUUCUUCUAUUUAAGUUAUUUUGGUUUAUUUCACCUCUAGUCAUAUAUAUUUACUUGCACGAAAAA